AUGCUGAUUGACAAGUUGCUGUCUUCUUUUCAUCAAUGGGAACGCAUCCAUUCAGAUGGUGGAGAGGAACUGCAUCUCACGAAGGAGCUCCUAGCCGGUUGUGAGAGCAUUGAAUGGCAGGUGGAUGAACUGGACAAAGCAAUUGCUGUAGCAGCUAGAGAUCCUGCUUGGUAUGGUAUUAAUGAAGUGGAGCUUGAGAAACGAAGGAGGUGGACUAGCACUGCUCGUACUCAGGUGGGCAAUGUGAAGAAAGCAGUUGUAGCUGGACAGGAGUUAAAUGGUACUAGCACUUCCAAUGUGAAUGGGAUGCGCCGAGAACUAAUGAGGAUGCCAAAUUCUCAUCAGCCGGACAAAUCCAACCAGUACAGAGCUCAAGAUAAUGAUGAUUUCAUAUCAUCAGAGUCAGACCGACAGUUGCUUCUCAUAAAGCAACAAGAUGAAGAGCUGGAUGAGCUUAGUGCCAGUGUAGAAAGAAUCGGAGGUGUUGGGCUUACUAUACAUGAAGAACUCCUUGCACAGGAGAAGAUUAUAGAUGAAUUGGGCUUGGAGAUGGACAGUACCUCCAAUCGUCUUGAUUUUGUUCAGAAAAAGGUGGCUAUGGUUAUGAAGAAGGCUGGUGCCAAGGGGCAGUGUAUGAUGAUAUUGUUCUUGGUGGUUCUUUUUAUUGUUCUUUUUGUUCUGGUCUUCUUCACCUAG